CUCUUUCCUCUUCUUCUUCUUCCUUUGAUCAUCUUCCUAGUCUUCCUAGAUAUCAUCAUGGGUGUUUACACAUAUGAGAAUGAGGUCACCUCCCCCCUCCCUCCAUCGAGGUUGUUCAAGGCCUUCGUCCUUGAUGCCGACAACCUUAUCCCCAAGAUUUUCAAGCAUGGACCGCACGGUGUUAAGGAUGUGAACGUGGAAGUCGUUGAAGGCCAUGGAGGGCCAGGAACCAUCAAAAAGUAUACGUUUCAUGAAGGCUACGGGCACUUGAAAUUUUUGAAGCACAAGAUUGAUGUGCUAGACAAGGAAAACUUCACAUACCAUUACAGCGUGGUUGAAGGUGGUCCGUUGUCGGAGACACUCGAGAAAGUCUCAUACGAGACCAAGUUGGUGGCUUCUCCUGACGGAGGAGCCAUCUUCAAGAGCACCGGCAAGUAUUAUACAAAAGAUCACGCUGAGAUCAAUGAAGAGCAAAUCAAGGCUGAAGAUGAAAAGGCCACGGGGGCCACGGGGGUGUUCAAGGCUGUUGAAGGCUACCUCUUGGCAAAUCCUGAAGCCUACAACUAAAGCAAGUUGCUAAAUUUAAUGUUGCAUGUGUACGUAAUUGUAUCUCAUCGAUCUGUCUGGUCAAAACUACCUUAAGGCCAUCUAAUAAGUGUUUGCUGUUUUUUCUUUUUUACAUAU